AACCAUAAUGUAACUGUUAAUUAAUUAAUUACAUCUCUAAAGUUGGUUUCUUUUUGAACAUUGACAUUUGCCAACCGAGAAAAAACAGAAAACAAACGAAACCAACCAAGAUACAGACAAGAAACAAAUGCAAAAUUUCAACCUUAAUUGUCUCAACAUGAAACCAACUUUUCCAUUCCCUUCUUCCAUUUUCCUGUUUGUUCCAACUCCUUAUAUCUUUCUCCCAUCAUUUCCAUUUUCUCUCUAGCCUCUCAUUCCCUCUGCUUCAUCCUCUUGAAUUCCAACCCAUUAUUGUUUCCUCCACAAAGAUUUCAUUUUUCUUCUUUUUCUAGCGUUUUCUCUUUAAAAUAUUAUCUGGGUCACCUUUAGAAUUUUCUGGGGUGCCCUUGUUUUCUUGUUUGUUUAUCUUAGAUUGUUUGUUGUUGUUUUUGACUUAUAAAAAAAACAUGGGUGGCUGUUGCAGCCACGAUGUUUCUGUUCGAGGCAGAGUGGAAAGUGAGGUUGAUUCUGGAGAUUAUGAGGAUUAUGAGGAUAUUAAUGAUGUCAUGUAUGAAAAUGAUGGAGCAAUUGUUAGGUUAAGAGGAUUUUCUAAGUCUGUAUCAAUGUAUACUCAACAGGGUAAGAAAGGUGUUAACCAAGAUUCAAUGACUGUUUGGGAGGACUAUACCGGAGAACAAGGCGUAAUCUUUUGCGGUGUGUUCGAUGGUCAUGGUCCUCUAGGACACAAAGUUUCGCAAUUUAUCCGUGACAAUCUACCCUCAAAACUAUCUGAAGCAAUCAAAAUGGCACAACAGAAGUCGUCCAUGAAAUACUAUGAUGCCAAUGAUGCAGAUACCGAAACUUUCCACGAUGCCUACAAUGAUAGUAACCGCCAUAACAACAUAUCCCUUGCUUCAUGGGAAGGAUGUUUUCUGAAAUCCUUCGAUGAAAUGGAUGAUCAUCUUGCUCAGGAAGUUAACACUGAUAGCUAUUGCAGUGGUUGCACAGCUGUAACUCUAAUUAAACAGGGGGACCAGUUGAUAGUCGGAAAUUUGGGCGAUUCUCGUGCAGUUCUUUGCAUGAAGGAUAGAGAUCACCUUAUUUCUGUUCAGCUUACCGUAGACUUGAAACCGGAUAUUCCAAGUGAAGCGUCAAGAAUCUUUAACUGUGAAGGUAGAGUUUUCGCUGCAGAAGAAGAACCGGAUGUAUACAGAAUAUGGAUGCCUGAUGAUGAUUGUCCUGGACUAGCUAUGUCAAGAGCCUUUGGAGACUUUUGCCUAAAAGAUUAUGGCCUCAUUGCAUCUCCAGAUGUGUUUUAUCGAAAAAUUACCGAACAAGAUGAAUUUGUUGUUUUGGCAACUGAUGGGAUAUGGGAUGUGCUGACAAACGAUGAAGUAGUAAACAUAGUUGCAUCAGCGCCAAAAAAGUCAACAGCAGCAAAAUUAUUAGUAAAGCGCGCGGUUAGAGCCUGGAGAUACAAGUAUCCCGGCUCAAAGAUCGACGAUUGUGCAGCUAUAUGCUUAUUUCUUGACGAUCAACCCGUUCUGUCACAUUCUCAAUCCAUGAAUAUGAGAAGAAGUCGAAAUCAUCGCAGCAAACACUCAGGAAGCAAGCACUCAAGAUCACGUAGAAAAAGUGAAGAUAAUGAAACUGUGGCUGGAAAAGUUGGAGUUCAAUUGGAUGAAGAAUGGAAAGCACUUGGAGGGUUAGCUAGAGCAAAUUCAAUAUCAAAACUUCCAAGACUUGCUAGAAAUAUGAGUAAAAGACAAUCAUCUAAACGCCUUAAUGGAAGUUAAGGCCUUUUGUUAUAAGCUCUAAUAAGUGGUAAUAUUUUUUGAGCUAAAAAUUUGUAUUAGGUGAAAGGAAAAAAAAAAGGAGGCUGAAGAAUUUAGAACUUAUUAUUAGUGUUGCCUUAAAAAGUGGAGUGAAAAUAUUUAGAACUAAUCUAGUUUUACACUCAAACUUUUAGGGGAUACCAAAUAUAUUUGCUUAUAGCUCAAAUGAUGUAAUUGUUGUGCAUGCCUUCUUAUAACUAUAAGACUAUGAAAAGGGCUGCCAUUAACUAAUUAUUUAUCAAAUAGCAAUAUUUAUGACUUA